UGGCGGCAGCGGCUGAUAAGGUUGGAGAGCACGGCGGAGGAGCUCAUAGCACACACGGGAGAGAGACGGAGACACGGCGCCACGGAGAAGGUCUAAAAACACCAAAACAACACGAACACCGAGUCUGAGCGUCGACGCUUUCCGUGUCGCCCUCUGAACAGCCUGACAGCGGCAGAGGGUUUCGGCUUCGGUUUCGAGGCAGUUUCGACCGUCCCGGUAACUUUUCUGAAACUUUCUCUCUCGCGGGACAAGCAGUGAGCGGACGAGGCUGAACUUCUGAAAGUGACUGCUCGUCUUCGUGCGUUCUCCGAGAGACAUUUCACGAAGAUAAGUUGCUCUUUUUUGAACUUUCUGAGUCGGAAAGUCAGCUGAAAGAGGGACAGUUAGACUCGGGUGUGGUGUGAUCGCCGCCGCUCGCCGCUGAGUGAGUGAAACGACCCGUCGGCUCGAAAAGUUUUGGUUUCUCCUUCUAUGUCGACCAAGAUGGAAACUACUUUCUACGACGACUCCCUGAGCGGCGCUUUCUCGCAGCCCGACGCCGCCGCUUUCGGAUACAACCAUAAAGCCCUGAAGCACAGCAUGACGCUGAACCUCACGGACCCGGCCGGCACGCUCAAGCCGCACCUGCGGGCCAAGGCGAACGACAUCCUCACGUCGCCGGACGUGGGCUUGCUCAAGCUGGCCUCUCCCGAGCUCGAGCGGCUCAUCAUCCAGUCCAGCAACGGCCUCAUCACCACCACGCCCACGCCCACCCAGUUCCUGUACCCCAAGAACGUCACGGACGAGCAGGAGGGCUUCGCCGAGGGCUUCGUGCGGGCCCUGGCCGAGCUGCACCACCAGCACAUGCCCGGAGCCCCCGCGCCCCCGCAGACCAACACCACGGUCAACAGCUCCAUGGCGGCGCCGGCCUCGGUGGCAUCGGUGGCCUACAGCACCGCCGCGCGCGCGGACCCGCCGGUCUACGCGGACCUCAACACGUUCAACCCAGUCAACAGCAGCAGCAGCGCGGGCUCGGGCUUCCCGGCCGUCAGCUACACCACCACGGCGCCUCCAACACUGGCGCCGCCGCCACAGCAGCAGCCGCAGCCACAGCCACUGCCUGUCCAGCACCCGCGGCUGCAGGCGCUGAAGGAGGAGCCGCAGACAGUGCCCGAGAUGCCCGGCGAGACCCCGCCGCUGUCGCCCAUCGACAUGGAGAGCCAGGAGCGCAUCAAGGCCGAGCGCAAGCGCAUGCGUAACCGCAUCGCCGCGUCCAAGUGCCGCAAGAGGAAGCUGGAGCGCAUCUCGCGCCUGGAGGAGAAGGUGAAGACGCUCAAGUCGCAGAACUCGGAGCUCGCGUCCACGGCCAACAUGUUGCGCGAGCAGGUGGCCCAGCUCAAGCAGAAAGUCAUGAACCACGUGAACAGCGGCUGCCAGCUGAUGUUGACGCAGCAGCUGCAGACCUUCUGAAGCGGCUGCGCGAGGGCGCCGAGGGAAGGAGGGACAAACGGGCUGAAAGGACACGCUUGUGUAAAAGGGGCUGAGCACCGGAGCCUGUGGCGACAGAGGCCGGUGAAGCCGUAAAAGUCCACCGGGACUGUCCCGGGACACUGUGUGGCCGCGUGCCGUGCAAAGGACGUCCAGAUAUGGAGUUUACCGAGCUCCACAGACCUGGGCCCACAGCACCAGACAGCAUGAAAGACUCACUUCUGUUACCUUUGACUUUUAUUUCCUUUUUCAUUUCUUUUUCUAAUGACGAAAGAGACUCAUCCUUGUUCACUUUGACCAAGUCGUGCAUGGACCUAAGCCUACAGGAGCACUCAGUAUUAGAAAAAGAGAACUGCGCUAGAACUUUGGCGGCCCGCGUUGGCGCGCCACAGCAGGAAGUUGCGUCCCAUAAAGUCUAAAAAGAGAAAAAAAAACACUUUUGAUAAAAGCUGCCUGACUUCUGAGUUGCAAUGUCCGUUUUGUUCUUUUGAAUCGAAUCGACGUUAUUUGAGUUAGUCAAGCUUUCAACGGUUUCUUUUUCUAAAAAGUUUCUUAAUGAGGUUUCACUCAUUGUUAUUUGUAAAUAAGAUCAACAGGGAGUACUUAAGUUUACCAUUUGUAAUAAAAGUGCUACGUAAUUUUUUUAUGUUUGUUUUCUGAGCUGAUCAGAAACUAAUCAAUAUUUAUGAACUGUAAUAAAGUAUGUCAAACGAAAA